GAACGAAGAACAAAAAGCAAGAAAAUUUUGCAAUCUGUAAUUAAAUUAAUAAUAACAAAGAAAAAUUAAGCCUUUUAUAGUAUAAUUUUGUAAUAAUUCAAUAAAGUUAAUAACGAGAAUAGUGAAAAAGAGUUUUGAGUUAAGGAUUUUCUAAUGGGGGCAGCUUUAGGUGUUUGUUCAGCGGCACAGCUAGCCUGCUGCUGCACAGGAACAGCAUGUUCUCUAUGCUGUUCAGCAUGCCCAUCGUGCAAGAACUCAGUUUCUUCACGAUUGAUGUAUGCCCUUAUGCUUCUAAUUGGAACCAUACUUGGAGCAAUCGCUUUGUCACCCGGCCUACAGGAUACUCUAAAAAAGCUUCCAUUCUGUGUGAAUUCGAAUAGUUCAGUAACAAAAGAAUUAAUUGGAAAUACAUUUGGACAAAUUGACUGCCAAUAUGCACUUGGUUAUAUGGCUGUUUAUCGAAUAUGUUUUGGUUUGGUUUGUUUCUUUGCGUUAAUGGCAUUAAUAAUGGUUGGAGUUAAAUCAUCACGAGAUCCCAGAUCGCAUAUUCAAAACCAAUUCUGGGGAUUGAAAUUUCUUUUGUGCAUUGGAGCAACUAUUGGUGCAAUUUUCAUUCCUGAUGGUUCAUUUGGACCAACAAUGAUGUGGAUUGGACUUGUUGGUGGAUUUGCUUUUAUCGUUGUGCAAUUAAUCAUCAUUGUUGAUUUCUCACAUUCAUUGGCUGAAAAUUGGAUUGAAAACUCUGAAUCCAAUCGAGGAUAUUUGUAUGCUCUAGUGACAGUAACUCUGGUUCAGUACAUUGCAUCAAUUGUUGGAAUCUCACUUUUGUUUGUAUACUUCACAAAUUCCGACGGAUGUGGUCUUAAUAAACUAUUUAUCUCUUCGAACUUGAUCCUCUGUGUUAUUUUGAGUGUCAUUUCUGUGCUACCAGCUGUGCAAGAAAAACUACCACACUCGGGACUUUUGCAAAGUUCAAUGGUUACAAUCUAUACUGUUUACCUUACAUGGUCAGCUGUUACAAAUAAUCCAGAUGUGGAAUGCAAUCCAGGAACAAUGUCCUUUGUCAAAGACAAUCCAAAGGCUACUUUUGAUACCACCAAUAUCAUUGGUCUUGUCAUAUGGUUGCUAUGCGUUUUCUAUAAUUGUAUGAGUUCAGCCGUUGAAAUAUCAAAAAUUACAAACACGGAGUCGGACAAGGAAGUAUUAACAGCAACUUUAGCAGAUGGUGAAAAAGGAAUAUCGGAUGGUGAUGCAAGUGAAGAAGAAGAAGGUGUUGCCUACUCAUGGUCUCUAUUCCAUCUUGUAUUUGUUGCUGCUUCUCUAUAUGUUAUGAUGACCUUGACAAAUUGGUAUAGACCGAAUUCGGAUAUUAAAUAUUUCAAUGCAAAUGCAGCUUCCAUGUGGAUAAAAAUAAUAUCCAGCUGGAUAUGUGGUGGAUUGUAUGGAUGGAGCUUGAUUGCACCAAUGAUUCUAACAAAUAGAGAAUUCUAAACUUAUCAACAUAAUAUGUUGGCCGUUAUAAUUUAAUUUAUUAUUAAACAA